AUGCUUUUCAUUGUUGUCUGCCUUUUGGUAUUCUCUUACUCUGCACAUGGUCAACCUACUGAUGCUUAUCGCAGCUGGUCAGGUGCUAAUUCAUUUUUUGCAUGGGCUCUUCCUCAAGAUGAUCAAAUAACAUUGAUUAAUACAUUACGUGAAAAAAAUGUUCGUGUCAUACGAAUAUUUUUAGCGACCAUUGACAAUGGUCAAGCAGGUUCACGUGCGAUAGCAGCCAAUGAUAUCGAAAGAUACCGCACAGGUUCACCGUACACAGAUAGUGAUAUGUUAACACGCGUUGAUCAAUUUAUAAGGAAUAUUGAUUUCUAUGGCGCUGGACGUAUUAAACUAAUAAUAGCUCUUCAUGAUCGUUAUUCUCUAGGAUGUUAUGCGUACAAAGCUGAUAGCUAUGUAUCAAAAUAUGGAAUACCAACAGCAAGUGAAUGUUCACCACCAAAUGACGCAUCGAAAUUUUAUUCAAACGAACAAGCUAAAACGGAUUUUGUUAAUCGAUUGAGAUAUUUACUAGAUCAUGUUAAUCCACAUUUCGUACAACGAUGGGGAUCGUUAAAUCGUGUUAUAUUCUCGUUUCAGAUAGAAAACGAGAGUCAAGGUCACAUGUCAACAUUUAAUGCUCGUUGGAUGUGUGAUAUAAAUACGCAAAUUCGGUCAUUCGUAAAUAAUGGAGUGCUUCUGUCAACAGGUGGUGAUGUUGAUUUUGGUUUAAGUCUUCGUCUUGAAAAUUUUCAAUGUUCUGCACUUGAUUUAAUAUCUUUACAUGACUAUACAACGAAUGAAGAUUAUUCUCGGGGAAAAUUUCAAGAAGCGAUUCAAUUAGCACAACAAUACGGGAAAAGAGUUUAUGUGGAAGAAUUCGGUGGACGUGGUGACGCAGAAAUGGCUCAAGCGUUGAAUAGAAUUGCAGCAACAGCACAUCAACAGGGCCUACCCUGGCUAGUAUGGCAAAUUGUGCCCAAUGCAAGAUCAGGAGAUUAUGAAUUUUUUACUAAAGAUCGAAUAGCUUGGACAGCAUUUGAACAUCAAGCUUACUGGGCGCAAAUGUCAUCAUCAACUUUUCAAUGGCCAGAAAUUUGGAAUUAA